AUGGAAGAGGUCGGCGACAAUGCGGGGACGCCUCGCAGCGGACCGCCGGGCCCGGCACAACCUCCGCACGCCCCUCCAGCUGGAGAGGGCGCUGCGGGUGCCAACUCGGGCUCAGGCGGAAACGCUGGUGAAGCGCGCGGCGAGCGCACGUCUUCUGGCGGCGUCAAUCACGUUGAUGGCGACGUCGAGAUGUCCAGCGCUGACGGCAUGGACGAUCACUCGCACAGCCAGGCGCCGUCGGAGGCGUCUGACAAUAACAGCGACGAACACAGUGGGCGCAUCCUGAAGACCGAGGGCGACACGAUGGAAGAGCGCCUGGCAGCCAAGAAACGCAGCAUUCCUGGGCGCGUCCUGUCCGUGGUCGAGGCGCUCAACAUGCCUGCGGGUAGCGGCCUUCCGGCGCGACGCAAUCCUGCGCCACCAUCCAGUCCGGGUAUGACCGCAAGCUGGGAGGCACCGAGUGGGUAUGCACCGGAUGGCGCGUUUCGUUUCGUUGGGGUUCCUGCUCACAUGCGUCACCUCGAAGACGACCGCUACAUGCGUGACGGAUACGCUGGUCUCGAAGUGCUCACCACGAUGAAAUGCUUCUCAGCGAUGGACCUGGCGGGCCUGAAUAAGCUGGUGGGCGAGGCCGAGAACGUGAACGAGUUCUUUCUUCGACCUCGUGCCGGGCCACCACCCCGUCCGACCGAGUUGGGGGCGCUGCUCGACUCUGUCCAGAUGCGUCGUGAGCUGGCAUCAAUCUUGUCGGUCUACGAUCCUCACGAUCUGGCACUGCGUGCAUUCAGUAUGACUACGUUCAUGCGCCGCUUGUUGAUCCGGUACCGGACCAUUCGCGGGGAGAUGCAGGCGACCGGGUCGUCCGCGAUCGAGAAGCUGUUGACCGCCCAGAAGGAGAGCUCCCAGUUCGAGGCUCACGUCACGCGGCUGCAGGGACAAUGGAGAGCUGUCUUCAAUGACCUCAAAGAGACGAAAGAGGCAACAGCGGCACGGUACCGGGCGGACUUCAAGAAACUCAUGGCGGAACACGAGGUCGAGAAACAAACGCUACGAGACCGAAUCGCUGGCUUGGCGUUCAAGCUCAAAACAUCCAGUACGUGGGUCGAGUCCCUCGAGUCUCAGGUCUUCAACGUCGACCGCAUGAUGAACUUCCUUAACAGGAACCAGACUAAGGUGACUGGCAACUGGAAGCGUCUGGAGGAGUCUUCAAGCACCACCGAUCCGACUCUGAUCUCAGUCACGUCUGCAGAUGACGCAUUCACCGAUCCCGGGCCGUUCGAGUUCCGACACGACGGCGAUACCGACACGGAAGAGAAGGGUAACGACGGGUCUGAAUCGAGUGAGGGCGGCACAGGGUCGCGGGGCAAGCGCGUCACUAUCGUGGACGUCACAGGCGAGGCUACACCCGGUAAGACUUCCUCGUCAGAACGUCGAUCCAGUGGCGGCAAGCGUCGUCACAAGGCGGUGGCUCGGGUCGUGAAUCGCCCCAUAGCCUGGGAUCCCAACGAGGAAGAUGCGCGCCCCAUGGACCAAGAAUAUCCAGUCGAUGAAAACCUUGCACGCGCUUCACUCGCCGGGUUUCCCGUUGUGUGGCGCAAGCUUCGGAUGGAUCUUCAGCUGGCCAUGCGGACUGGAUUGACGUACUCGGAAGCCACGACUCUGUUGAACAGUGACGAAAUGGCCCAUCACCUGUUCCAUCCUUACGAUCUGUCCUGCAUGCUGGCUCAGAUGAUGUACGGGAACCAACUGGACAAGGCUUAUUGGACAACCUACGUGCCAGAACGAUACUUCCUCCGCGCGGAGAGCAUACUGGAUCGCUACGCACAGGAUGGCCUCGAACCGGAUCGGUGGCCCGACCAGAUGGACCCCACACAAGAUGACAGUGAGCUGCUCUUGGGCGAGAACGAAGAGGACGUUGACAACGAGGAUCGUGAUGGCAACUGGGAACCCAGCGAGGAGGCUCAAGCCAAGAUCGACCGGAUGGAAGCUCGUGAGGCAGCAGCACAACAGGAUGACACGGAGGUACCGGACGCCAACGCUGCACCGGAUCUCGUUUUGCCUUCGACUCGUCGUCCCAAGCGCAGGGCUAGUUCAGUGUCAUCUCAAUCGGAUUCAGCCACCACUGGAUCUGGCAAGGAACGCAAGAAGUCUCGACCUGGUGAUGAACGCAAGAAGUCUCCACUCGCUCGCAAGGAGAUGAAAGAUCUUACUCCUGAAGAGCUGACCGUGAUCGAGGAACCGGGUCGAGGCAUCACUUCGUGGUACCACAAGGGCAUCCUGACCACUUUUGCACCCAGUACGACUUACGCCGUCUACCAGUCCGCAGGUUUCCCUGACUACGCACCGAACCACAACGGCGGGACGGGGCCACUCAAGGAUCGCUUCAAUGUGGACGAGUACCGGGCGAUCAUGGAGACCCGACCGGGCGAGCGGAUGUACAAACGUCGUGUCAUCAACCUCCUCUUCCACAAGCGUUACGCCUUGGGAGUGAAGGUCCACGUCGUGCUGACCAAGAUCGUGAAGUUCAUGAAGGACAACGCGCUGGUCAUCUGGUACGCGGGACACUGGGUGACGUAUCCAGAGGACUCGUCGUAUGGGGUGAAGGAGAAAAAGAAACGCAAGGGUCUGCAUGAUCCUGUCAUCAAGAAAUACGCCGAGUUGAUCACCGAACUUCUGAAAGCAGGAGCCCCGAAGACGAUUCUGUACGAGCCGGGCAUCUGGGUAUAUCCUGCGAAGGUCUGUCCCUGGAUCCUGUUUGACAAGUCCGAGAAGAAACCGGAUGGGAAGCCGUACACGAUGGCCGAGCAGCUCGAAAUCCUGGAUCGCGAAGAACCGGCUCGCAUCCAGUGGACAGGGUGGACCCUCGAUAGGAUCAUCGCGGAUCGUCCGGCGCACAUCCGGAAAAUGCUGCUGUCUCCCGAUGAGCGUGCCAACAACUGGGUCUGCGCUGAUCACCGUAGCUAG